AAUGCCACCAAAACAUGUCAAAAACAAUAAAAACACCAUUUUCAUCAGCUUUUGGAACAUUGUGGAUUGAGGUUGUUACAUUUUAAAGAUAUUUAUUGCGAUCCUAUAGUCGCUACCUCUUAAUACAUGCUGUAAUAAGAGGUUUUUUACCAUAGGAACACGUUAGCUCUGUCCUAGUCGUUGGAAAGGCCUCCUUUUGGUUUUUUCUUAAUCCCUAGCUGGGAAAAACCAUUCGGGUUUCCUGAUGGGCGAAUCCACGGGCUGUGCUGGUUGGAAAUCAGGGGUCUGAAUGCGGAGCACGAUGUGUGCUCUCCCUUCCCCCCCUGCGUGCGCGUGCGUGUGCCCGUCUGGCAGCGUAACAUCUGUGCGUACGCGGUCGUGAUUGUUGUGAAGAUGGCGGAGGGGGAGACAGAGAAGGAAUAUGAUACGCCGAAAGCUAUCGAGGAGCUCCGCGAGCGCUUCCAGGGUCUGACCACGGCGUUGAAAGAGAGCACAAAGUCCCCCUUGGAAGCCUCCCUGCUUUUCUGCCAGGACUUUUGCCAGGUCCUGGUGGAGCAUGCCGGCCGGUGGAAAACAGAUGAGGAUCCGCUGCCUUUGCUGGAGGUUUACACCAUUGCCAUCCUCAGCUUCGCGAAGGCUUCUUCCUGUCUCUCCUCUGCGUGCGAAAAUGUGCCACUCCUACUUGAAAAGUUAGCACUGAGCUGUGCGGAGCUGCUGUUUCUACUGCCCCAGCAUGUCCCCGGUGCCUUAUGGGAGGAGUUCCAGUCCUCCAUGAAGGUGGCACACAGCCUUUUGCAAGAAAGUGGGAGCUCGCCGCUUCGCCUGCUCACAUCUCUGGCACAGCAGGAUGGUGUUUGGGCCAACGCCACGUUGAGUAGCAUCCUGUCCAAUCAAACUCCUCAAACUGAACAUGUCCAUCAGUAUCUUGAGUUGGAGGGUCCCACGCUUCUUAACAUGCGGAUAAAGCAUCUCAUCAAAGUGGACAGUGUGGACAAAGCUGCUGUCCUCGCGAAAGUGUGCUCAGAAUUUCCAGGAUUUGAAGGACAGGGAAACUUCAAACAGACCUAUUUGCUCUGCGCCUGCAUGACAAAAAGUCAGGAACAGCUGAUGGAAGAGAUUGCUCUGAUAGACUGUAAAGAUGCUCUGGAAAUGAUCUGCAACUUAGAGUCAGAGGGGGACGAGAAGGGAGCGCUCUGUUUGUGUACAACCUUUCUCAAGCGGCAGCUCCUCCAAGGAGAAGUUUACUGUGCUUGGGAACUCACUUUGUUUUGGAGUAAACUUCUCAUGCGGCUGGAGUCGUCUGCCGAUUCCUUCCUCAGUCACAGCAAAGAGAUGGCUCUCCUCUGCACCAGUGUCUGUCAUGUGCUGUUUCUCAUUAAGGUCAUCCAGAAUGAAGUUGGAGAGGUGGGGCUCCCUGUUUGUGUGGAAAUGUGCAUUCAAGCUCUGAAAAUGACCUCCAGCGAUCACAAAGACAGCAAAUCUACCAUCUGUAAGACGAUUUACUGCCUCCUGCCAACUGACCUAGAGGUGAAGCGGGCAUGCCAGCUGACCGAGUUCCUCCUGCAGCCUACUGUUGAAUCCUAUUACGCUGUGGAGUCACUGUACAAUGAGCCCGACCAGAAGUCAGAGGAAGAAGGGAGCCUUCCAGUGCCCAAUUCUCUACGGUGCGAGUUACUGCUGGCCUUGAAGACACAGUGGCCUUUUGAUCCGGAGUUCUGGGACUGGAAAACGCUGAAGCGCAACUGCUUAGCGUUGAUGGGCGAGGAGGCCGCUAUUGUCUCAUCUAUCGACACACUCAAUGACACAGAUGAACAGGAGAUGGAGAGCGCACUCGGCAAACUCCCCGAGUACAAAGAUUUGGAGGACUUCCUGUUGACCACUACAAACGAACUGAAUGAAAUUACAGAUGAAAAGGAGAAAAAUAGAGAGGCUAAAAAACUCAGAGAGCAGGGUUUUGUCUCUGCUCGCUUCAGAAACUGGCGGGCCUACAUGCAGUAUUGUGUUUUAUGUGACAAAGAGUUCUUGGGCCACCGAAUUGUUCGCCACGCACAGAAACAUUUCAAGGAUGGGAUGUAUCUUUGUCCGAUUUGCGCCGAUAGUUUUGAGAGUAGGGAGAUUUUAGAGCCUCAUGUAGCAUCACACGUGAAGCAAUCAUGCAAAGAGAGACUAGCUGCAAUGAAAGCUGCGAGAAAGGUGGCAAAACCGCCCCAUUCCCCGAAAAGUCCCUCAAAGAUUUCGAAGCUCGCAGUUAAGGCACACAUGAGCCCAGGUAGAGGCGAAUCCCAAAUCGCCGGACAGUUGGGAGCUCCCAUUAAGAUGGAGCAACCUGUCUCCGACUCGCAGAUCAGUCAGGACUGUUUCUGUCCGGUAAAAAACUGCUCGAAAGCGUUCAAGUUUUUCCGCAAUCUCAUGGCUCACGUCAGAUCUCACAAAGACGACGAGGAGGCCAUGAGAUUUUUAGAAAUACAGAAGCAGAAAGUGGUGUGUCAGUACUGCAGGAGGCAGUUUGUGAAUGUCCGGCACCUUAAUGACCAUUUGCAGAUGCACUGUGGCAGCAAACCGUAUAUUUGUAUACAGCUGGAUUGCAAGGCUAGUUUUAAUUCCAAUUCUGAACUUCUUAUGCAUAGGAAAAUGCACUCUGAGUUUAAGGCCCAGUGCAUGUUCCCAAACUGCGGCCAAGUGUUCAGUGAAGCGUAUCUUUUGUACGAUCAUGAGGCCCAGCAUUAUCUUACUUACACUUGUCAAACCGAUAACUGUGGCAAGAUCUUCUAUUCUCAAUCAGAGUUUUUAUCUCACCAAAAUUAUCAUAAUCUGAAUUACGCAGUAGCUGGUCAGGCCUCUGCUGCGCCUCCAGAAGCACAACCACCACCGCCACCACCUCCUAUGACUCUAAGCAAAGAAGACGCGCCAUCUGUUGCUUUCAGCCAUGAAAAAAAUUAUUCCGAUGUUUAUGUAAGUGAAUCGUCAAAAGCAAAUGCGUGGGGAUCAAUAGAGAUGGCUAAAGAGGCUGUUUCCAUGAAAGUCAAACACUCGAUUGAAAACAUGCUGAAUUCAAUGGCAGGUCCUGAAAUAAAAGAACCUGAGAAAUGCUACACUCCAUUGACCAAUCCCACUCCCACACCUGUUGAUGUAAACCUGCAACCAGAGGCCCAACACGUCCAUCAUAACAUACCCGGGCAGGGUGACAUUCCCCAGGUGUAUCCUGUUCCCACUGCAGAAAAACCUGCGGUAAGUUUGCGGAAAAACUUACCAAGCGACGGACUAAAUGACGAAUUUCCAAAUGUGAUCCCACAAAUCAUUUCUCCCAGUCAAAUAAAGAUGGAAGUUCCAUGUUCAUUGCAAGGAUACCCCUGCAGCACAUCUGCUCUGGUUCCUGCGGGCAGCGAAGAGAACCUGCACUGCUGCCCGUCUACUGACUGCUCCAGAGCGUACAGCACAAACAAAAGUUUGUCCCGGCAUGUGAAGAAGCAACAUCCUGAAAUAUUUGAAGAUUGGAAAUUGGCAAAGAAAUACAACAAAGUGGCUAAAAUUACAGCUAAAAAGGGGAACAGACCGUCAACUCAACCAGGAAUACUAUGCAACAAACCAGGGGUGCAACAAAUGGAUUAUUCCGCGGAAUGCUCGACCCCUCCAUCUCAGUGUUAUCCUGGAUCCAUGGAGCCGGUGCCUAUUACUCCAAUGGUCAAUCCCACACUGUACCCGCCGUGGGGGUGCCCCAACAAUCAAAACGUAAUGAUGCCGGCAGACAUGCCUCAGUCGUGGUCCUCGCCUCCCAUGAACAACUGCUAUCCGGAUGCCUUUCAUAUGAACGAGUACCCAACACGCAGCUAUCCCCAUUGGCAGCCGGACCCUUAUCAAACCACAAUGCCUCACCCAUCAGACAGAGAUCAUCCGGUGGCAGCUGUACAUGGAUCUGCAAUGUUGCAAGCUCCCUCAGAUUCAAGUCUGAUGUCUCAGUACGUGUCUAGUUCCUUAAUGCUUGACAAUGGUGGGCAAAUGCACAAUGGAGGGCAUCAGUACGGACUUAUGCAACCUGAUGGUACUGGAGAAAAUGUAGACGCGAGGAAAAGUGCUGCAAACAUGACAGGGCACUUUGAUAGUGGAAACAGCAUCUCAACCAUUGACAGCCUUCCUGAAGGGGGUUACCACACUCCGUACGCUCCGAGCGAAAGCUCCUGUCUCACUCAGUGCUCUUCGGUUGAUAUUCCGAUAAAAUGUCUGAGCCCAGAGGCUCCAGUUCCUCCAAAACCUCCAAAUGAAAUGAUUAAAACAGAGAACGUGCCAAUGCCUGUCUAUGAACAGAUGGAAAGCUCUGUGGAUGGCGUGAUGAGUCCACACAGUGUUGCUCACAGCGAGUUCCAUGGGGAUGAUGAUUGUCCCAAUGUUGACUUUGAAGCUAACCCCUCAGAUGAGAAGGGUGGUGACUCUGACGCGCAGAGAGGAAAACGCAACAGGUUGAGCAAGCGUACGAAGUGGCCAGCUAUCAUUAAGGAUGGCAAAGUCAUCUGCAGGAGGUGUUUCAGAGAGUUCACCAGCACCAAAUCUCUUGGCGGUCAUCUGUCUAAGCGCUCUCAGUGCAGACCUUUGGAUGAAGUUGACUUGACAGCGGACCUACCAACAUCAUUUCUUGAUUUCCUCAACGACCCUCAUGUUCCUGAUGCAAAUGGAGCCAUCUACAACAUGCCAAAUGGGGAUUUCUCACAGGAAUCUUGUGGCUUGACUACUUUGACUUCAUCUGUGAUGUUGAAACAAGAGCCCCACAGUACAAACAUAAUGGACCAUUCCAGUUCCGUCUCAGUUUCUCAAGAAAACCAGCAGGAGAACGCAACAGAGAUGGCUUAUCCAACCAUCGUUGGACCUUAUCAGGAGGAUAACCUCAUGGAAAUGUCUCAUGCCUUCCAAAAGAUGGACCUAAUUGAAGCUGCUCAAGAGAAGAUGCGAAAGGCCAUGUUGUCACAGAAGAGUGUGAGGAAGAGAGAGCCAGCUUCUGAAACAGAAAAAAGCAAACCACCCAAUAAAAAGGAGGAAAAACCCACUGAAAAGAUGCCCAAACCCUUUAAAUGUGACCAGGCUGACUGUGAUUUCUCGUUCAUGACAAAAGAGGCUUUAUUCAAACACUUGAGCAAAAUGCACGACUAUUCUAGUGAAAUGAUAGAAGAGUUGAAGAGAACCCCAUCAAAGCUGUCCCCAUAUCCCUGUCAGAUAUGUGCCAAAACGUUCACAAGAACAACUGGGCUGAGAAUCCACUAUGAAAAAGUCCAUAGGUUGUCCAAAGCAGAAAUGCUAAAGUUAAAGAUAAACGCUCGCAAUAGACGGGCUUUCCGACUGAAUAAGGACGAAACCACCAAUAACGGUCCAAACAUUGAACCCAACAGCAGUGCUACAACUAACUCAAAACCCGCAAUGCCCUUGAUAAAGCAAGAGCCGCUUGAUGUUGCAAUUGCACCUCAACCUGAAGAAACAAAACCUCCAAAUAUUCCUGAAAUCCCUUUGGGAGAUGAAAUUAAGCAGACCUCCACACCUGAGGUGGUAACUGUCACACGGUUACCAUCCCCUGUGAGCAAUGUGACUGAAAAGGCUCCUGUGGAGGGGCCACAGUUAGCCGUAAAAGCUCCAGAGAAACCUAAACUAGAGCUAAAGAAAAGACCAGACACUAAAGUGAUUUCCAGUUUGAAAGAAAAAUUGAGCCCUGUCGGUAAAACCAAGGCGCAGCAAGAAAAAUCCAGUUUGCCACAGAGUAGAGCAAAAGAACCAAAGUCCUCAAAUGAAUCCACAUUAUCAUCCCCAGAAAGACCCAGCAGCUCUAAAAGCACACCGACCAAGGAGAAGAAAGAGAAAGUUCAGAAGAGGGUGAGCCUCAAAAUGAGCGACACAGACAAUGCCUACAGUCCGUACAGACCAUACCGCUGUGUACAUGAAGGAUGCACAGCAGCGUUCACAAUUCAGCACAACUUAAUACUUCAUUACCGUGCCAUGCAUCAGGCGUCGCUGCCUCCUAAUGAAAUUGACUCAGAUGCUGAAAACACAAGCGUGAACAAUGUGCAAGAAAGCGUUGAAUUACCAAUGGGAAAGGACAAUGAAGUCAGGUGUCAGGUGAAAAACUGCUCCAGAGUGUUCAUGGGAAUCACAAGGUUAGUGCAGCAUUACCUCUUACUCCACAAGUUCAGUCGUGACAAAGCUACUUCCAUGAUGGCCAGCAUGACCAUAGGGACGUUUAACUGUGACCGCACAGAGUGCGCCCUUCCGUUCGACUCUGUGGACAAGUAUAUCGAACACAUCAAGAACUACCACAAGGAAAUCGCCAUUUCCGAGAGUGGCUCAGUUGACCCGACCUUCCGGUGCGAGUAUGAUGGAUGUGACCGUGUGUACACUACAAAAUCAAAUCUCCUCCGGCAUCUGAUCAAGAAGCACGACUAUGUUUAUGAUCCCAAAGCGACCGACGGAAGGAGGACUAAAUCCAUUGGACUCUUUCCUGGGGUCAACAAUGGGAAAGAGAAUGUAGAAAACAAAUUAAAAGCCAAAAAGAAAAACACUAAAAAGAAGGACGCAAAGCCUGCUGAACACUGGACCAGUUUUGGCAAGCCAACAUUAAAAUCGCACGAAGAGGCGUCAGCCAUGUGCACUAAGAAGUCUUCUCUGCAAUACCCGUGCAUGAUUGUUGGCUGCGACGCUGUAGAGCGAGCGGAGAGAAGUAUUUUUAAGCAUUACACCACUCAUGGCCUCACUGAGAAAUACAUCGAAGACCAGAGGAGUCAGUUCAUUUUCUGCAAAAAGUACUCUCGCUCCAGAUUCAAAGAAGCGGAGAAAACAGAAGCCGUGUCAGCCUCGUCCUCUGAGGAGACGGAGCCAGACGACGGCGAAAAGCAAUGCGAGCAGAAAACGGAGGAGCCGGUGGCAGACAAAGUAGGCCAAGAGGACGGCAAGUUGUCCAACGAUGACGGCGCAGAAUCGCACGCUUCCACUGUCACAGAGGGAGGCAUUAAAAGAGGGCGUCCAAGGAAACCCGCACAUCCCACACCAGCUUGUCCACAGAGAAUACAGACCCUCAGAAACCGCUCGACUGUUAACAAUUCAAGGGAGAACUCAAAUCCUGGUACCCCUGCUGAUCAAGAGCAACGUGAUGACGGGGCCACGCCAGGGUCUUUUAAGCCUUUGGGGCUUGAGGAUUCUUUCCUUAAGUUCUUGGAAACCUCAGAGUCGACAAACCCUUCUAAACGGAAGUUAAAUGAGAAGCCCAGCUGUGAGGUGCCGUGUAAACGGCAGCAAACUCACAGAGCGAAAGCCUCAGCUAAAAGUAAAACUUCUGAUGAGAUCAGGGGCGGUGAGAAUCCCGUCGAUUUUAAAAACCCCCUGCAUCUAAAAUCCGGAAACAAUGUCAAAAUAGUCAUAGAUAAAUCCCUUUCAGACGGUGCUGAUCUUGUGCUCAAGCAACUACAACAUAUGAAGCCGAUAGUUAUGGUAAAAAGGUGGCUUUACAGCGGAUCGUAGCCCCACGUUUAAGUUCCGACUCAACCUUACUCAGGAUUUGAGAAGCUAUGCUGCAGAAUGGUUUGUUUCAUGAUGCAUCCGAAUUUCCAACUGUUAGCAUUAACGGUCACAAUAACAAACAAAAUUGCCUAUUUUGUACGUCAUAAAAAAUGAUCUUGUAUGAUUUUAAUUAUGUAUGUUAGCUAUAAUAACCAGGUAAUCUAUAGGGCAUAGAUUUUAGAAACUUGUUUGUAUUUAUGCUUAGUACUGAAAAUGUUUUUUUUUCUUUUUGCUAAAUGGAGACUUUUAAAAGAAAACUAUGUUUUUAUAUAUCCCUAUGGGAUUUCAAGUUCUGUUUGUAUUUAUUUCAUCCUUUUUCAACACUAGUAGACUUAUCUGUAAUAUUUACAUGUCUUCCACAAAGUGUUCAAUAAAAUGUUACUGGUUCUUUUGUAAAAUACUGA